UAAAGAUCUACAAACACUUUCUCUUCUUUUCUCUCGCCAAAGCUCACUCACUCGCUCACUUUUUUCCAUUUUUUUUUUUAAAUUAAAAGAAUGACCGACUCAAUUGAACCAUCCACGUCUUCACGGGAAGAUCCGGACCCCAAUCCAAAUCUGAAUUCCCUAAUUCAUCCGCGGAGGGAGCCCUUUGAGCACGGCCUUUUGCCAAUUUCCAAGCUCAUCUUCACCGACCCGAUCCAGAGCCUAAUCCCGCUCAAACAGAAGCUCGCCUCCGCUCAGCGAGUCAACUCGGAAAUCCUCGCUGAGUCGCUCCAGAUCUCCGUCGACCACGCGCGGCUCGUUCUUGAUACCCUUGCUUCAGUUCUCCACGCGGAAUCCGACCCGAUUGUCAAAGCCCGGCCCGGAGAGAUUGACUCGGUUGGGGCGGAUUUGAGGGAUCUGAUACUGUUUUUGUAUAUACAGUCGUAUAAGAGGUUGUUGCCGAGGACGCACAAGGACUCCGCCUCGGUUGCUGACGUGUGGCCUUCCACGUCUGCUUUUGAUGGAUACUUGUCGGCGUUAUCGCCGCUUCAGCUUGUGCGAAGCAACAGCCGUCGGUUCAUGCCUUCACAAACUGAUGAAGAGACUCAUCAGUUGUCCUAUUUGCAAAAGCACAUGGGUAACAUUCUUCAUCUUUUGGCGGAGCCUGCUGAGGGGGAAGGUGAAGAGUCUUUGGUUUUGAGCGUGGAAGGAUUUGAGCACCUUGGGUUUCUGGUUCAAUUUGGUGAUAAGGGAUCUGAAGGAAUUCCUUUAAGCCAAGCUGCUCCAUUUUUUGCCAAUUCAGAUCCGGACAUGCCUGCGGUACCCGUACCUGCUGCACAAGUUCAUGAGUGGAUUCUACAGAAUAUAGCUUCUGCUCUGGAACAUCUUACUGAAAGAGCUUCUGCAAAAGAAAAUGGGCCAGCCAAUGCCUCUGAUCCAGAUGUUGCAAUGGCUGAUGCCUGCACAAGUUCAGUCAAACCCUCAACAAGUACCAGGGGUCCAAGUUAUAUUGAGGGGAUCUCAAAAUCAUCAUAUGUAAAGCAAGCUUCAGAUCUUAAAGGUUCUUCUGUGAAGGUUAUCAAUUGUCAUGAUUCUGUCAUUUACAUUUUAGCACCUUUGAGAUAUGCCACGAUAUACGGAUGCUCAGAUGCUACCAUAAUUCUUGGAGCCGUUGGAAAGUCUGUAAGAGUUGAGCAUUGUGAGCGAGUUCAUGUGAUUACAGCAGCAAAACGUGUUUGCAUUGCCAAUUGUCGUGAAUGUGUAUUCUUUCUGGGAGUAAACCAGAGACCACUCAUUGUUGGUGACAACCAUAAACUGCAGGUGGCACCAUACAAUACAUUUUAUUCUAAGCUGGAGGAGCACAUGGCAGAAGUUGGUAUUGAGGCAACUAUAAACAAAUGGGAUGAGCCCUUGGCAUUGGGAGCGGUUGAUCCGCAUGAUUCACUAUCUCAUCCGGCUGGUGUCUCUGAUGUUCAAGCUGAAUCAGCUUCACAUUUAGACCCAGACCAGUUCACAAAUUUCUUGAUCCCAAACUGGUAUGGAGGUGAAUCCCCUGGGUCAACGAAGGACAACCCAUUUCCAUUACCAGAUGCUUAUAUGACGUCUCAGCAGAGAAAUCAAAAGAACUUGGGUGAGAUUAAGCAACUUUUGAGGGAGGCACCCCUUGAAGAAAAUCGGAAACGGGAAUUAUCAAGUGCACUCCAUGUAUACUUCAAAGACUGGUUAUAUGCCUCAGGAAAUAUCCGUCAGCUUUACUGCCUUCAAGGUGACUAAUACUGUAUGAAGAUGCUAUGUCACGAUUAAGGAUCUUAGACAAGGAAACUUUCCGUCUGGUUCAAUUUCUGUUUCUACCCUUACCAAGUUCCGUUUGCCAUUUCUGUUGGUACUACAGGCUGCUGAGACUCGACCCUAUGUAGAUUGGGGUGGUACUCCUUUAUGCAUUGAAAAUGGUGCACAGAAUGCAAUUAGAAACACAUUGGCUAAUCUCGGUGUAAUAUUUUUUGGGAAAAAAAAAAAUCUUACUGUAAUAUUUUAUUUACUUAGGCUUGCAGUCUUGUGAAGUUUUCUUUUCAUUUAAUUGUGGCUCUCUUUUUUGGGGUCUGGCCUAGUGCAAUUUAAAUGGCAACUUCUUUAAUUUCUGAGCUUCUCCCAUAUCUUUUCUUCCCUUGUAAAUAAUGAUUCGAGGUGUUGAAUGGUGUUUAAUUGAUGAUUUAUUCAGGUAGGAUUGAGCAAUUUCAA